AAGCUCACAGAUCACAGCUUUGCAUGAUGCUUCAUCUUCUCUCAAAUCUCUGAUCGUUUGUUCAUUGUAAUUUGAGAUUUCAGUCUACAUAAACUAUAAUAGAAAAAGAUGCAAAGCAACAAGGAUGAAAAAACAUAUCGAGUUAGAAAGCUUGAGAUAACAGAUAAGAACAAGGGUUUCAUGGAACUACUGCAGCAACUUACGGUGUGUGGUUCUGUAUCAGACGAUGAAUUCCAAAAGCGAUUCGAAGAGCUGCGAUCAUACGGUGAUGAUCAUGUUAUAUGUGUGAUCGAAGACACGAGUUCAUCCAAGAUCGUUGCAACUGGAAGCGUGUUUCUCGAGAAGAAAUUUAUACGGAGUUGCGGGAAAGUUGGACACAUCGAAGAUGUGGUGGUGGAUUCGAGUGCGAGAGGGAUGCAAUUAGGGAAGAAAGUGGUGAGUUUUCUUGCAGAUCAUGCUUGUUUGAUGGGUUGUUAUAAGGUGAUUCUUGAUUGCAGUGUUGAUAACAAGGCUUUUUAUGAGAAAUGUGGGUUUAAAGAGAAGGAAAUCCAGAUGGUUAAGUAUUUCAUUUGAAGAUAAAUUUAGAAAUUUGGAGUUCGAAUUCGUUAAAUUCGAAUCGAAAGCUGUCGUGUUCAUAAUUGAGGAUCUUUGCUUCUCUUACUUUGGUUGCCUGUGUUUCCGUUAGUUGUCGUCCUGAACACGCUAGAUUUUAACGGACUUCAUUUAGUCGCGUUUGUCAAUUUUCGACAGUUUUUUCUCUCUCUAAUAGCCGUUACUUUUG